AUGCCAGCGGCACCUGAACUGCGGCCCGCCAUGGAAACUGUCGCCACCGCUGGUCAACCGACGUCGACUCGAAAAUCCCGACGAGUGCGUUUCACCCUGCCCAGUGGCCGCGUGGUGUUCCAAGCAACGGCGGAGUUGGAUGCACGAAAUGCUGUCGUCCUGGCUACCGGCGCUGUUGCGGUCUGCGAGCGAGCUGCAUCGGCGGACGCUGUUCUCGGGCACGGAACUUCGCCAGCACGCGUAGCCCAGAAGCGCCAUGCAUCCCGUGGUGGCGUUCCUCUCAAGCGCUUCAAACGGUGCCAUCGGAUCGACGACGCUGCUGGUGGAGACAGCACCGGAAGUGGCCCCGAAACAUCGUCACGUGAUGACCAGCUGGAUGCCUGCCGCCACCUGGUGUCAAGCGCCAACAUUUCCGGAACGUCGCACCCUUCCACCGCGUGUGACGGAUUCAUGGACGAGUUAAUGGCGAUGGCCGACGACGAGUGCAAUCUUCACAAGGGAAUGAAAAUUCUCAGCCUGGAAUGCGAGAACUCUUGCGAGAUGUCACUUGACAGGUAUUCCUCUCAAGCGCUUCAAGCGAUGCCAUCGGAUCGACAACGCUGCUGGUGGUGAAAGCAUCAGAAGCGACACCGAGACGUCGUCACGUGAUGACAAGCUGGAUGUCAACCACGACCUGGUGUCUUGUGCCAACAGUGCCUGAACUUUGCGCCAUUCUACCGCGGAGGACGGGUUCAAGGAGGAGAUCAUGGCGAUGGCCGAAGACUAGUGCGGCAAGCAAUG